GACCUCUCUCUCUCCCCCCCUACUCUCUCUCACCCCUACUCUCUCCCUCCUCUCUUCCCUCAGCCGGGUUUGAGGAUAUCUCUCUUGGAGCUGGAGAGGAGAGGUUGGCCGUCUCUCUCUUCCAGCAGCCGCCGGGUUUCUCUGCAGCCUCCCGCCGCUUCAUCAUGGAUCUGCGGACUAAAAGAGUCGCUGGGAUUAUCGCUCAGGUCGCCCUGCUUCUCUCCAGCUCGUACGGGACAACCGGAGAAGAAGUGUGUGACAGCGCGCUGGUGUCUAAUCUGCCGCCAUCGUCCUUCAGAAGCUCCUCCCAGCUGUCCAGCAGUCACGCGCCAGGCUUUGCCAAGCUCAACAGGAGAGAAGGAGCUGGAGGUUGGUCUCCUCUCACCUCAGACAGGUAUCAGUGGUUGGAGGUCGACCUGGGUGAGCGGACCAAAAUCACAGUUGUCGCUACUCAGGGCCGCUACGGCAGCUCUGAUUGGCUGACGUUGUACCUGCUGAUGUUCAGCGACACGGGACACAACUGGAAACAAUACAGACAGGAGGACAGUAUAGGGUCUUUUCCAGGUAACAGUAAUGCAGACAGUGUGGUUAAGUACAAACUGCAGCAGCCGGCGAUCGCUCGCUUCCUCCGCCUCAUUCCUCUGGACUGGAACCCCAGCGGGAGGAUCGGACUCCGGCUGGAGACCUACGGAUGUCCUUACACCUCUGAUGUGGUGAGUUUGGACGGUGGCAGCAGUCUGGUGUACAGGUUGAGUCCCGGGCCGAGGCGUAUGUCCAGAGAUGUUGUCUCUCUGAAAUUUAAAACCCUGAAGAAUUCUGGGACACUGCUGCACACAGAGGGAGAGGGAGGACUCAGCCUCAGUCUGGAGUUAGAGAGAGGAAAGCUACAGCUGCUGCUCAGACAAGGUAGGACUUCAUCCUCCGAACCCCAGCGUCUCGCUUCCCUCGGCAGCCUGUUAGAUGAUCAGCAUUGGCACCAUUUAGCAGUGGAGCGGCGCAGCUCUCACCUCAACCUCACUGUGGACAAACACACCGAGAGGGUUCAAAUCCCUGCAGAGUUCAGCCACUUGGACAUCAAGCAGCUAAGUGUAGGGGCAGACCAGAGCCUCGGUCCUCAGAUACCAUUUGUCUCCAAGAGGAACUUUAAUGGCUGCCUGGAAAACCUGCUGUACAAUGGCCUCAACCUGAUAGAACUAGUAAAACACAAAGACCACCAAGUUACUGUAAUGGGCAAUGUGACCUUUUCUUGUGCUGAGCCAGUUUCCGUUGCCGUGACGUUCCCUGGCCCCCAGAGCUUCCUCCAGUUGCCAGGGGCGACAGCGUCCUCCUCGGGGGGCGUGUCUGUGGGGUUCCAGUUCAGGACGUGGAACAAGGCGGGGCUUCUGCUCACCUUUGACCUUCCUCAGGACGGGGGCGUGGUCUGGCUGCACCUGAGUGAGGCCAGACUCCGGCUACAGAUCCAUAAAGCUGGCAGGGCGCUGCUGGAGCUCAGUGCAGGUUCUGCUCUGAAUGACGGUCAGUGGCAUUCGAUGGAGCUGAUCUCCAGACGAGGUCAUCUGAGCAUCACUGUGGAUAAAGAGGAAGGAGGCAGCGCUCAAGCCAGCCCCUCAUUUCCUGUCACCAUAGAAAGUCAUCUCUUCUUUGGUGGUUGUCCUGCAGAAGACGACAGGCAGGAAUGCAGAAACCCCUUUAAUGUCUUCCAGGGCUGCAUGCGUCUCUUAACUCUGGACAACCAGAAUGUAGACCUGAUCAUGGUGCAGCAAAAGCAGCUGGGAAUCUACAGCAACCUGCAGAUCGACAUGUGUGGAAUCAUCGACAGGUGCUCUCCCAGUCGUUGUGAACAUGGCGGCCUCUGCAGUCAGUCCUGGACUGUCUUCCACUGUAACUGCUCUGACAGCGGCUACAGCGGAGCGACCUGCCACAGCUCUGUGUACGAACAGUCCUGCGAGGCGUACAAACACAACGGCAACUCGUCGGGACAUUUUUAUAUCGACGUGGACGGCAGCGGACCAAUCAAACCGCAGCUUGUCUACUGCAACAUGACAGAGGGGAACACAUGGAUGGUGAUCCAGCACAACAACACAGAGCUGACCAGAGUUCGACCAUCUCCAGGUGUAAACCAGCAUUCAGUCCACUUUGACUAUUCGACUGAAGAGGAGCAGCUUUUGGCCGCCAUCAGCCAAUCAGAGCACUGCGAACAGGAACUUUCCUACCACUGCAGGAAGUCCCGCCUCCUCAACACUCCAGACGGCUCUCCGUUCAGCUGGUGGCUCGGUGGUCCCGGUCCCGGUCGUCUCCAGGCUUAUUGGGGCGGAGCUCAGCCAGGCAGCCAGCAGUGUGCGUGCGGCCUGCAGGGCGACUGUGUGGAUCCACAACACUACUGCAACUGUGACGCCGACCGCAUGGAGUGGGCUGAAGACUCGGGCCUGCUCACCCAUAAGGAGAGCCUCCCAGUCAGGUCUCUGGUGCUGGGUGACAUCCAGAGGCCGGGGUCAGAGGCCGCCUACAGGGUGGGACCUCUCCGUUGUCAUGGAGACAAGAACUUCUGGAACGCUGCGUUUUUCGACAAGGAGACGUCGUACCUCCACUUUCCCACCUUCCAUGGAGAGCUGAGCGCUGAUAUCUCCUUCCUAUUUAAAACCACAGCCUCCUCUGGUGUGUUCCUGGAAAACCUGGGCAUCAAAGACUUUAUCCGGAUAGAACUGAGCUCCUCCACUCACGUGGUUUUCUCCUUCGAUGUGGGUAACGGGCCGCUGGAGGUUCGCGUGGAGUCGAGCGUGCCGCUGAAUGACAACCGGUGGCAUCGAGUUCGAGCAGAGCGUAACGUCAAGGAGGCAUUGCUUCGUUUGGAUGAACUUCCUGCCGCCACACAGGAGGCUCCUGCUGACGGACAGUUCCACCUGCAGCUCAACAGCCAGCUGUUCAUAGGAGGCACAGCGUCCAGGCAGAAGGGCUUUCGGGGCUGUAUUCGCUCCCUGCAACUGAACGGCGUCACCCUGGACUUGGAGGAGAGGGCGAGGAUGACGCCUGGGGUUCGACCCGGCUGCCCGGGUCACUGCAGCAGCUACGGCUCGUUCUGCCAGAACCAGGGCCGCUGCGUGGAGAGAGCCAGCGGCUUCCACUGUGACUGCGGCCUGUCAGCAUACACUGGAGUCUUCUGCCAUACAGAGGUGUCAGCCAGCUUCAAGUCGGGGACGUCUAUCAGCUACACCUUCAAGGAGCCGUACGAGUUGAGCAGGAACAGCAGCGCUUUGCCGUCCUCCAUCUACUCUGACAUGACGCUGAGAGGAGAGAACGUCUCCCUGAGCUUCAGGACGAACCAGAGUCCGGCUGUGCUGUUCUACGUCAGCUCCUACUACAGAGAGUACCUGGCCCUGCUCAUCAACAAGCACGAUAAGCUGGAGGUGAGAUACAAACUGGACAGCAGCAGAGAUGCCGAAGUGUUGAGGAGCGGAGUGAGGAGCCUGGCCAACGGACAGCUACACACUGUUACCAUCAGGAGACUGACAGACUCUGUGUCUGUGCAGAUCGACCAAAAUGCCAGAGAAGACUUCAAUCUGACGUCUGAUGGAGAAUUCAACGCCAUCAAGUCGCUGGUGUUGGGCAAAGUGCACGGGUCUGAUGAUUUGGAUCCAGACCUGGCCAGGUUGGCGUCUCUCGGUUUCACCGGUUGCCUCUCAGUGGUCUACUUUAACUCCAUCAGCCCUCUGAAAGCUGCUCUGCUCCACCCAGACACCAGCCCUGUCAUUAUCACCGGACCUUUAGUCCAGUCCAACUGCGGCUCCUCGGCUUCAGCAAAUCCUGACGCAGCAGAGAACACACAUCACCUGUCAGACCAGUCUGGUUCAAUGGGUUCAGGUCAACCUUUAGUCAAUGCCAUCAGGAGUGACUCAGCUCUGAUUGGAGGUGUCAUAGCAGUGGUGAUCUUUGUGGUUGUGACUGGCCUGGCGAUAACUGCCAGAUUCCUCUACCGGAGAAAAGAGACAUAUCGAAACCAGGAAGUGAAGGGAGUCAAACAGGAGGACAACCCAGAUUUCCUUUACAACAACCAGGCUGACUCCCAGAAUGUCUCCGGUGAAAACCCAAAGGAGUAUUUCAUUUAACUGAUGACCUGAUGAACUGGUGGUUUUUGGAAUAGAUGUUGCUCCAGCCCUCCUACCACGCCUCAGGACUUUACACUGCACUCAGAGCCACUCAGACACUUUACUGGAAGAAGUGGCUCCGCAGCAUGUCGAGGCAAAAAAAGAACAAUUUGCACAGUGUUGUCUUUCUGUUGCUUUACAGUAAAUUGUGAAUAUGCUGAUACAACAGGCAACAGUGUUGGACUUAUGAGGUGUGAUAUCCUUGUUUCAACUGUAAAUAUUCAAAAAUGUAAAUGUUGAAUUAUUGUCUUUGUAAAAAUCUCUGGCUAACGUCACUUUGUCAUAUUGAAAUGUUGUAAAUGAUGGAGGUAUGAGUAUUUUUAUUGUGUAUGGGUAGGGAAAAUGUCAAGCUACACCCUAUUGUGUUUGGAUUUCUCUUGGAGAAAGAUGGUGCUUAUAUUUAGAGACAGGAGAGAACUUGAAAUUGGCAGGACGUUGUUUUAUUGUAUAUCCCCUUGAAGUUCGUUCAGUCAUCAUACCUUUGGUUCUGAUCAUAUGGUUUCGCCGCCUUUUACAAGGUACCAUGUAUCAAAUGAAAAUGUGAAAAAUACGUGACAAUGUGAAAGGAGUCACUUGUAGUGAUGAACCUACAGAGAAUUAUCCGCAGCUUCUCUCGGCUUUACAGAGAUUUAUACUUUACUGUUUUGGUUCAUUCAUAGCAUAAUUUUUGUGGGUGCAGCCAACAGCUUUUUUUUUUUUUUUUUUGGAAAAAAGCUCAAAUAACGCACUCUACACUCCUACUCAGCACCAAACGGCAGACAGUUAGAGACUAGCUGGUCAAAAGCUGUCAUUUAGCAGCUGAAGAGCUAAACAAAAAAACAGAGCGAAUAUUGAACUUACAUUCGCAGAAACGCAACUACAAAUUAAAUGUAAGUAACUGUUUGCUAACAAGCUUGCUGUAUCAACUUAUAUGUCAAAAUAUGAUGUAUGUCAAUGUUGUUUACAGGUUGUUUGCUGCGCCCAAGUGGCCAUAAAAAUCAGUCAUUCCAGGUUUAAGAUUUAAAUCAUGGUUGAUUUGGCAACACUGGUUUAUCUAAAGCAUAUCAAAGAGGCAUCUCUUAUGUAAUGUAGCCUGAGAAAUUCUUUUUGAAAAUUUUCAUACGAAGAAGUCAAGCUGUUUCUCCCACAGAAACUCUUGAUUUCUUUCCUUCCCACGGUUCAAACGAUUCAAACAACUUUGUUCUGGUAAAACUAGGUUCCUAGUCUGUAGUCUGGAUUCAUUUAUAAGAACUUUUGUAUGUGAACGAUUUUGUUUGUUGCAGUGAAGGUUUGAGAUAUCUGACACAGGCAUUCAAUUUAUUCUUUCCCCUUCUUUCUUUUCUGAACAUGGUGGCAUUGGCAGGAAACUGAGUCACAUCCAUGAUCAUUUCUAGACUUCUAUCACAUGGGUGGUUCCCUCAAAAGCCUUUACUGUACAUCCAGUUCAUUUUCCUUUUUCUUUCUACCCCCACUUAAACGUUUUCUCCUCCCUGCUGCACGCCGCCUGCUGGGAACUUCCUCUCCCAGCUCUCUAAAUGUCUCUGAACAGUAAAGCUUUUAACUUUGACAGCAGCAUAGACUCUACAACACUGUGGCUGUUUGUCACCUUGUUCACUGCACGCAGAGACAGUUAAUGUGUUUUUGAAAUGCUAAUCUGCUUCUGUCUGACAGGUGGAUUGGGACUUGAGCAGAGUGAUGAUCAGAAUGAGACAGAAAGAUAAUCCGAGAGGCUGAGUCAAGCAGACAUGGAUGUAAUGAAAACACCAAUUCUGAUAAACACUGAAAAUGAAGAAAAUCCCCCCAUGUGUUAAUUCAGCUCAUGUGUAAAGAGUGCUGCUGAUAGAGGGAGGAUGAGAAGCAGAAAGAGGAUCGACAGCAGCUGUUUAUCAAACACACACCACCCUCUCUCUCUCCGAGACCCCAAAGCACAGAUGGGAUUUUAAUGACAAAAGUUGUUAAAACUUCAAAGUGCUUCUUUAAACUUAAUCUCAUUGUAUCUAUUUUAAUCACCCCACAACCACAAGUGAACAGCUGAUGGCAGGUAUUGUUUUCUGCUGUGUUUCUGUCUCUGGUGUCUCUGCUGCAGCAGCCGCUCAUACAUAACUCGAAAACUGAGUAGUAACCAUGCCUACACAUAUACCAGUGCAGUUGGGUCAGCACAUUUCUGCCCUACAAAAGGAUACAGUAGUGAAUAACAAAAAAAACAUUGUUUAAAAGCAUGUAAUGUUUGUUAUAAAGUUGAGUCAUGUUGUUUCACUUUUGAAAAACACAAAGAAAUGUUAUUGCUUCACCUUUGUAGGGAAGAGUACAAAAAUGUGUCUCAAUUGAAAAGCUCUUACCGUGACACUAAACAGAAAGAAAGAAAGAGGAAAAUUUGGCAGCCAGAAAACAGACCUUUAGUUGUGAAUUUUCAGGCUCAGUCCAGUGUUACUGUGAAACAGUUGCAUAUUUGAACCUGCGUAUGUGCACCUGUACACCUGAAAGCAUUUUUGCAAUCAGGUUUUGCUGAUAGUGGUUUGGUCUCUUUUGUGGCAAGGUUUGUAGUUAAGCUGAAUAGCUCUCAGUGUAACUAUACUAAUGUAAUGAUACUUAGUAUUGGUGAUGAACAGUGAUGUCAGUGAGUUUGAGUGACAUGCCAAAAAAAAAAAAAAAAACCCAGAAGGUUUUAACCAUAUCCUGGUUGUUUGGUUACAGACAAAAUCCUGUUUGAUGAAAAUAAAAUGUUUUUUCAGAGA